AUGAUUCCUGAGAGAGAGUCGUACGAAGAUGACAAGUCGCCUUACAACAUUGAUGAGGAGGAUGCUUCGACCGUUACUGGAUCUACCCCUGAAACCAAGUCCGGCUUUGACAACCGAUUCUCCACCACCAGCUCUUUCGGCCAAGUCUACACCGAUGCCGACUACGUUGUUCGCGAGAUUGCAAAGCACGAUGAUAUCGCUCUCAUGAAGCCUUGGAAGAGAAAGUUGCACUACAUGGCUCCUCUUUUCACCAUUGCUGCAAUGGGCGGUUACUUCACCUACUACGCUUUCCGUAUCUAUUUCACUGUCGACGCACAAAGAACAAACGGCACUGUUUAUGCAAUGGCCUGGUUCUUCAUUGCCGCCGAAUUUCUCGUUGCCCUCCCCUCAUUUUUCCACCAAAUGUACUCUAUGCUCGCAUUCAAGGGUCGCAAGCGUCCUCAGCUCAGACUUGUCGGAGAGGCCGUCCCCACUGUCGACGCUUUCAUCACCUGCUGCAAGGAAGACGUUGACGUUGUCAUUGAUACCGCCCGCGCUGCCUGCGACGUUGAUUACCCUCAAGAUCGUUUCCGCGUUGUCGUCCUCGACGACGGUGCCGACCCGGAGCUGAAGAAGGCUAUGGAAGAUUUGAGCUACCAAUACCCCAACGCCUACUACUUCGCCCGUGUCAAGGUGAAGGGCCAGCCUCAUCACGCUAAGGCUGGUAACUUGAUCGGUGGUACUGAUUUCGUUACCAAGCUGCCCGGUGGUCCCGGAGAGUACAUCGCUGCUCUCGACGCCGAUAUGAUUCCUGAGAGAGAGUGGCUUCGUGCUCUGCUUCCUCACUGUAUUCGUGACCCUAAGACCGCUCUCGCCUGCCCUCCCCAGCUCUUCUACAACGUUCCCGACAACGACAUGCUUGUUCAGUCUCUCGACCCCUUCGUCCACGUCAUGGAGCCCAUCAAGGACUCUCUGGGAGUCGCAUGGUGCACUGGCUCUGGUUACGUUAUUCGCCGCUCUGCUCUGGAAUUCAUCGGUGGCUGGCCUACCGGUACUCUUGCUGAGGACACUUUCACUAGUUCCAAGCUUCUCGGCAGAGGUUUCCGCACCGCUUACGUUCACGAGGGUCUCCAAUUCGGUACUGUCCCCGAUUCCUACACUGGUCAUUUGAAGCAACGUACUCGCUGGACUCUUGGUACGCUCCAGUCUGCUUUCCAACAGCGUUUCUGUCUCUGGGGUGAUAUCUGUAGAGACAUGACUUUCUACCAGCGUCUCUCCGGUUUCGUCUUCACCGUCGAUGCUUUCUUCAAGAUCUUCCUGAUUAUCUCGAUUCUCGCCAUUCCAAUUGUUUUGAUUUCUGGUGGCCGACUGGUCGCUUACUCGAACAACGACCAACUCCGCUGGCAAGUUCGCCUCGCCUUCAUCUCUUUCUUCCUCAUGCGCCUCCAGGAAUACGUCAACUUCCUUCCUUCUGGAUACAGAUUGGCUCUUCGUGAUGGUGGUUCCAUGCUGUGGAUGGCUCCCUACCACGCAAAGACUGUUCUCGUCUCCUUCCUUCUCCCCAGCUGGCUCGGUGGUAAGCCCAUGGCUUUCACCACCUCCGGCUCCAUCAAGGGCGAUAUCCAGGAGCGCGACGGUGCACACCGCGCCCACGUCUUCCGCCGUCUUAAGGUUAUCCUCUGGGACUGCUCUGCCUACCAGCACCUUCUCUACAUCCUGUUCGUCGUUGCUGCCGUCACUCUCAGCACCGUUCGUGCUUUCAUGGACAACGACACCGCCCAGGACAAGCUCAUUUACCUCGUAACACACGCCUGUUUCCCUCCUAUGCUCUGGUUGAUUUGCUGCACUGCCUUCGCCAUCCCGAUUCGCUACGCUCUCCACCCACCCACCAUGCCCGACCGCGAGGAGCUUCUCGACAGAGACCCGAAGACUGGUGUCGCUCACCCCAAGGAGUACUGGAAGAGCCAGCGCUGGGGCAAGAGCCACUUCUGGCACGAGUUCGAGGUUCUGUUCCUCGUCGCUUACGCCAUUUUCAUUUUCGUCAUCACCUUCCUGAUCUCCGACGAACAAAUGAAUGACUACUAA